AUGUGGGGAGAUCUGUUUACUGAUGAAGAUUGCCUGCCGCCAAACGUCGAUUUUGAAGUAGACGAUAUUGAAGAGGAAUGGGUGUUUGACGAGCCGUUUGACUACAUCCACAGUCGCCUCAUGACCUCUAGCAUCGCAGACUGGAAGGAGCCACAAGCCCAGACCUACUUACACUCUCGCAACAGCAACCUCACACCAGGAGGUUACUUAGAACUCCAAGAAGUCGACGUAGGCCCCUCAUGCGACGACGGCACCCUCGAUCCCACGACUUCGGCUCUGGCACGAUACUGUGCCCUGCUGCAUGACGCCUCAGUGAUGCUGGGCCGCCCCUACCAGGAGAUCCCCAAGCUCGCCGACCUGAUGCGUGAUUCGCAGGUCGGAUUCGUGGACGUCGAGGUCCGCGUGUUCAAGUGGCCAACCAACGGGUGGCCUGCCGCGGACACGGAGGAAGGGAGAAGGCUGAAAGAGCUCGGGGUGUGGAGCGGGGAGAAUAUCGUGGCUGGACUCCAGGGGUUUGCGAUGGCGCCGUUUACGAGGGCGUUUGGGUGGUCUAAGGAGGAUGUCGAUGCGUUUUUGGUGGGUGUCAGGAAUGAGAUGAGGAAUGAGAGCAUUCAUGCUUAUGGGCUUGUGUGA